AUGCCUGAUAUAAGAUGGUACAUACUGUCUGCGAUGCUCUCAAUUAUUUGCGUCAUCAUUGUUUUCCUCAGUAAUCCUUUAAAUUGGUUAAGAUCUCUAUUUUCAUCGCAUGAUAUUAUGGAAAUCAAUUUCCCUGUAAACAGUUAUGAAGUGAACAGAGCGUCUGUGCUACUCAAUGAUAAUCGUUUAGCUUCUAGUAUUGAAAGAUUUAGUUUUUCGAAUGAAGUCGCUUACGAUACAAAUCAAAGUGGCUACCUAAAUGCACUUCGAAAUCAGUUCAAUAAUGGUGAUCAAGGCCUGCUCGAUUAUAUUACUCGUAUGGAAUUUACAGACGAAGGCCAACAAUUUAUUAAAACAAUGUCCAUUGGCAGAGUAAGUGUAUUUUCCAUGAUUCUCAUCGCACAUAAAAGAAUAAAUGGUCAAAUGAAAAUUCUGAUUGCUGAAUUGAAGAAAGAAGUAACCAUAUCGAUUGUUUCCACAUUAUUGUCGGCUCCUUCGCGUAUACUUGGCAUAUAUUCGAAAGAACAAAAAGAAAUAGAAGAGAUCGUCAGUCGUUUCAGCCUAGACGAGAAUAAGAAAUACUUCGAAGCGCUAAUGGAACACAUUAUGGCGGAUAAACUUCGUGAUCAUUUGAGCAAUGACGUUCAUAUAAACUUCAUCGAAACAAAGAAAAAAGAACUAUAG